AUGGAGAAAGUUUCAGCAGCUUGCGCCAUGGAUUGGAGCAUCAAGCUCGAGAAAGCCCUUCGCUCUAAAAACCCAGUUAGAGCCGUUGAAGUCAUCUUAGAGACUGGUGAGAAGCUUGAGCAGUGGAGUAAAGAACCAGAAUCUGCAAUUGCUGUUUACAGUUUAUUUGGUUUGGUUCCUGAAGAAGAUAGGCUCUUUUACAAUACUAUCUUACUGAGGCUUGUUGAUGCGUUUUGUUUUGCGGAUAAGCUUGUUAAGGUUGCUGUUGUUCGGGUUUUUAUGUCUAUGUUCAAGCUAAGCCAAGGGAAGAACAAGAGCGAAUGCGCGACUUGGUUUUUGCCAAAGGCUAGGGUGUAUAACCACUUGGAAAUUCUUAAACGUGUGAAGAAUGUUUAUGAUAAGGGUGAUACUGAGUUAAAAGCUUUGGCUUUGAUUCUGUUUGGUUGUUGGAGAGAUUUCGCUAGCGAAUUUGCUCCAGUACGGUACUUGAUUUUCACCAGUAUGGCUUCUUCGCAUGAUCUCGAGGUAAGAUCAUCUCUGUUUGCUGCAGCUUGCUUUUGUGAAGUAGCAGAUGACUUUGCAUUGGUUGUUUUGGGGAUGUUAAAUGACAUGGUGAAGUUCCCGGAAAUAAUGCCAAAGACCAGGUUAGCUGCUGUGCGAGUUUUUGCAAAAAUGGGAUGCUCACAUGCAAUUGCUAAUAGAGCAUUCAAGAUCUGUAUGAAGCUAAUGCUGGAGUCUUCAAAAGAGGACAAUUUGGUUCCAUUCCUGGUUUCCCUGACUAAGCUUGCCUCAAGAUCUACUCAUCUUACUUCUGAACUGGCAGAGGUUAUCAUGCCAUUUUUGGGUGAAGAUAAGACCUCUCAUGUUCGAGCUGCGGCAUUAAGAUGUCUCCACUUUCUCAUUAAAAGAGGGAUGUGCUUCUCUCUCGUCCAUGAAAGUGAAACUGCAAUUUUUUCUAGCUUCCUAAAUCAAGCAGAGCUCUCACCAGAUAUGCAGCUUAAUGCUCUUCAAAUUUUUCAAAAGAUACUUGUCUACAAACUAUGUGUGGCUGAUGCAUCUGAAUUACAUAAGCUCAUAGCAAUUGUUGAGAAUGCAUCUCAUUCUCAGAUCUUCUCAAGUUGUUUUUUAGCUAUCAGUAUUUUGGUGGAUAUAUGGAAACAAGUAGUCCGGGCAGCAAAAAUAAGAUCAGUUGAGGUUUCUUCUACAUCUCUGCCGCUACAGCUCGUUGUAUUAAUCAUGGACAGGGUCACCUUGCUGGGAAAGUUAUGUUGUGAUCCUUUUCAGGCUGACUAUGCACUAGUUGGUGAGGUUAAAGACCUCUUCAAUGUUCUCCACAAAGUAGUUGGACAACAUUCUGAGAUGAGGCUGUUAGUGCUUGACAAAGUCAGGUUAUUCGUAGAGUAUAUUGUGAACCUGACUAAUGUCUUAAGAAAAACAGAUGGAGCUCAUGAAUUGCUGCUUGGUGUUAUCAGUUACAAGGGGCAAAGAGGGACGGUCGUGAGGUCAGAGAUUCUAGCAUCAAUUCACAAGUUCCUGCUAAUGUUUUUGAAGAAUCUCGAGGGCGAUGGUUUUCUUUCGUCUCAAGUUUAUGAAAAAGUGAAGCAUAUCACUGAAUGUGUACGCUCAUGCAGCUUCUUUGAUUGCCACACACAAAUGAUAUUUACUCUGCUAUUACAUGCUCCCAUUCUUUGGGGUUCUGCGGUGAAUGAGAGAGGGACCGAUAAUGAUGCAAACCGGAAUUCAGCCGUCUCACUUGUUGCUGAUAUAUGUAACUAUGGAAUUGUUUCUCUUGAAUGUUCGAAUAAAAUUUUAAUGGAGAAAAACUACUGGCCUGCUUACAGAGCUGGGGUUUACGCAGCACGUUUGGGUGCAUGGGUCACAUCUGCUUUGAUUUUUGACCAGCUGAAAACCAAUGUCCAGUCUGAUAUCAACUGUUUUUGGUUAAAGUCAUUAUCCUAUUUAUCUCAUGCUGAAGGGAAAUUCCAACUGCUUCUCAUGCCAAGUGAUAAUUUCAAGUUAGUGAGUUGGUUGAAAAGUAGCGAUUACUUACCAGAGCUCACCAAAGAUGCAUCUAAAGAGUUUGCCCAUAGCGUAGCUCUUCAUGAAGCUUAUAUGAAUUUACAAUCGUCUCUGGGAAUGUUGGGAAAUAGUAUAGCAUCAAGAGAAGUGUUCUGUUUCCAAACGUGGUUCUUGGUUUUAAAGAUUCGGGUACUGGAAACUGUGAUUGAUCUUGUCGAACGCCUCGGGCUACUUAACCAAGAUAUCUGCAACAAGAAGCAGGUGGAGGAAAAGAUGUUGGUUGGUUGCGAUUCUCUGCAACAGCUUCCUCAAAUUUCUGUUCAGCUUCAAAAGUUGGCAAAGGAAUUUGAUAUGUUGGCGACGUGUUUUAUUGACAUAGACGAUGAUAGUUGUAGCAUUAUCGCAACACUUUCACUGAGCUGUUCGGUUCUGGCUUUUGCUGCUGGAAUUGUUCUUUUCCUUCCAGGUUUUUCUUUUCAUGAAGCUUUGGUUCCUUUCACUUCACAAAGUGGUGUAUGCUCGAGGCUUGUACAAGAUUUAGUUCGACGGCUGUGGGAAGUGGACCCUGAAAUCUGCGAAAAGCUCAACAUACUCGUUAAGACAAACGAAUCGUUAACUUGUUUCCACCUGCAACCUAAGAAUCAGGUGUUGAGAGCAUGUGGCAAAGUGAAGAGGCUGCUCUCUAUUUGCAGAGAUGCUCUUUCAUGCAUUGAUGGGUUGCAGAAUCGGUCAAAUUCAAUGCAUGACGAGGAGAUUGUCUCCGAGAUUACUCAAAGUUGCAGGAAUCUACUUUCACAUGCAAUUAUGAAAUGGAUGCAGAUUCCUUUUGGCAUUCCAAAGUAUUUCUUCAACAUAAGGCCUUGUGUUGGCGCCGAGCUAUUUGCUCUUAGUUCAGACAGCAGCAAGAUUAUUUCAGUGGAACAAGGGUUUCAACUGUCACUAGAUCUUUGCCUUCAGUUGAAAAACAUACAGCAACCGCGAAUCCCUAUUCGACUAACCAAACUGUACUGCCUCUUAUAUUCUAAACUAGCUUAUCACACCCCAACUCAACACGGCGAAAACAACAGAAACCAAAAGUCUUAUUCGCCUUGGAGAGAUGAAAAUCUGGUAGAAAUGAGUAGCAAGCUGUUUCAUCAUGCUGUAAAGUCUGGUAAGGAGCCGGAAGUUUCAGGUCGACUUGAAUGGAACAAGAUUGGUGUUUGUGCGGUUGUGCAGUUCAAACCAAACGAGAGAGGACAAGGGUUUUCGAGCUGCUUGCUAGAUGUUUCGCGGUUUCCAGUUGGUUCAUAUCAAAUAAAAUGGCUAAGCUGUUGCAUUGAUCAACAUGGUUCUUACUGGAAUCUUCUACCUCUCAAUGGCAAACCCGUGUUUACUGUAAAUAAAGCUUCAUGA